GGAUGUUUCUUGUGGCGCAAAGUUUCCAGCAAGUCAUUGAAGUGAUGGGGACUGACACUUUCAGGCAGGAAAAUGCUUCCUUGCUGGUCCUCGCUGCAAUUAGUUUAGCACUAAUAACCAUCCUCAGUGUGUGGAAGUUAAAACAGUUCAAGUACAGGCUCGUGAAUGAAACUGGAGGUGCUAUGUUUUAUGGUAUGCUUUUAGGUGUAGCUGUGAGGUAUUUACAGUUUGAUGGAGCUCAGGGCAUCAAAAACCAUACAUGCACAUGUACUGAUCUGAACGCCACUCCACCCUUUGUCAUGGUCAACAUCUCAUCACAAGGGCACUGGUCCAGCCCACUGGACUCAACCUCUCAGAUGGGGACCUUUAAUCUGGAUGUGCUUUUCAAUGUGUUCCUGCCACCCAUCAUCUUCUAUGGAGCUUACACCCUGGAUCAGAAACGAUUUAUUGCAAACCUUGGAUCUGUGCUGACCUUCGCCUUCUUUGGUACUUUGAUCAGCUGUUUGUGCAUUGGGGUCUGCAUGUACGGCUUCACCAGGCUGAUGGUGCUGUUGGGCCAAGCAGCAGAUGGAGAUUACGUCCUCAUUGACUGCCUUCUAUUUGGUGCAAUCACCUCAGCCACAGACCCCGUCUCCAUCCUCGGCCUGCUGUCAGACCUGCGCGUGGAUUUGGAUCUGCACACCCUGCUGUUUGGCGAGAGUGUCCUUAAUGAUGCUGUGGCCAUUGUCUUGACACACGCCAUUGCUACUUAUGACCGGAAGGGCACGGGACACGCCUUUGACCCAUCUGCCUUCCUCCACUCUGUUGGCAGCUUUCUUGGAAUUCUCAUAGGUUCUUUCUGCAUGGGAUUCAUUUUCACAAUAAUAACUGCCCUCCUCACCAAAUUCACUCGCCUGCGGGAGAGUCCUCUGCUGGAGACGUCGGUCGUCUUGCUGCUGUCCUGGAGCAGCUUCCUCUCAGCUGAAGCCAGCGGACUCUCAGGUAUUGUGGCAGUUCUGUUUUGUGGACUGAGCCAGGCAAGGUACACCAUUCUCAAUCUAUCUGCUGAAGGCAGGUCAAGAACAAAGCAGCUCUUUGAAGUCUUCAGCUUCCUGGGGGAGAUUUUCAUCUACAGCUACAUGGGAUAUAUAUUGUUGACAUUUCCUCCUCAUGUCUUCAAAGCUCUUUUCAUUUCCGGGGCAAUUUUAACUGUUUUUAUUUCAAGAGCGUGCAAUAUCUACCCUUUAUCUUUCUUGCUGAACCUUGGCCGGACAAACAAGAUAACUUGCUCUUUUCAACACUUCAUGGUUUUUGCAGGUUUGAGGGGAGCUGUUGCCUUCAGCCUGGCUGUGAGGGACACUGAAACAGAAGCAAAGCAAACCAUCCUCACAACCACUUUACUCCUUGCUGGCUUCACCAUCUGGCUUCUGGGAGCAGCUGCUGAUCCCCUGCUGCACGCUCUGGAUAUCAGAAUGGGGGAAGAUUCCGAGGAGGAUUCAAAGGACUUUUCUUCUGAGGUUUCCAUGAGGGGGCCGGACACAGCAAGAGGCCUUUGGCACAAUCUGGACCACAAAUAUCUAAAGCCGAUGCUGACACACUGUGGCCCCCCACUGACGGAAUUAUUGCCCCAGUGGUGUGGAGUUUUUGCAAGAAUCUUCAGCCCAACGCAUGUCCAAGAGGAUGAAGAGCAGUUCUGUGAGAUGGAACUACACACCUCUCCCUUGAAUUUGGACAAAAGCGAACCUCCACCGACACCGGACGACUCUGGAUCAGAACCCCAUGAUGACCUACUAGAGGGGGACUUAGGCCUUGGCACUAGUCCAGUUAACACCAUGGAGACCUCAGUCAACACCUCCUAGUUUUGACCCACCCUGCACUGUCUGGUGUCAAACUUUUAAAAAAAUGGAAGUGGCUCCUGAAGGUCGCUCACAAGUGAAAGCAAACCGAGCGCACUUCCUGUCGCUCUGCUGGAGGUUUUUUUCCGUUCCCUGUUUACUGGAAUUUUAUAACAAAGAAAAAAACAUUUUAGAUAAUCUUCUGUGAGCCAAAUUAAAAUGUAAAUUCUUGAUGUGAAGUCAUUAAUGCGGGACAACUUUGAGCCAUUUGAUUACAUAAUCCACUUGGUGUAAGCUCAUCAGCGGUUGCUGCCGUUUCCUUUAAUCAGCCCAAAAUGAAGUUUUUGUGCCAACUUUGCUUUUUUUUCCUCUCCCUCGGCUUUUUAAACUUUCAUUUCUGCGAUGCAGCUCUGUAAACACAUUGAGAUGUAUUCAACUUAGCUCAUUACCCUCUUUUCUUCUUUCAUUAUCAUUUAAUGUCCUUCCAGAAUUUUGCCAAACACUGGAAUCUCCACACAGCAUUAGAGAACUGGCAUCCAGUGCAUUUUAUAGCUUUAGAGUCCAUCUUUGUACAUAGAUAUGUCAGGAGCGAAGCAGAGGGCACCAAACUGCAUUUGUCUACACAAACUAAGCUUUAGAAAUAUAGCAACAGCUCAUCUUUUAUUAAUAACGCCACUGACUUCCAAACAAGAAACUGUUUUUUUUUUAUGAUAGCAUGAAUGUAUCUCUGGAAUGAGUCUUUGCACAGAAAAUAAUUGGUUUGUCCCCUGCAGGUUUUCCCACUGCAUAGAUUUCUGCACAAAGUUUGUUAUCAUGUCAAAUCUUUAAGAUAACCUUUAUUUAUUUGACAGAAUGAAAGUGUGGAUCGUUCAGAAAAAUCUUCUUUUUAGGAUUGACGCAUGUUAUUUGGUUGCCAAGCAAAAGGAUGUUUUUGCCAUCCAUUCUCACGGUCGAAGCCUUUUGUUUUUACUGAACUACGUUUAUCCUCUUCCUGUCUUUUUACUGUUUGUCUUGUGAGCAAUCUGUUACAUUUUGUGCAAAACAAAACCUAUUAGGACAGACAGAACAUUAAAUCCUCUGUCCUUAACAUGUCAACACAAUAUAGCCUCAGAUAAAUAGAAAAGAAAAGGUUGCAUGCUUAGCCAUUCUUUAUAGUAAAAAACAAACUAAGCUUGUCAAAGUAAGGUGCAUAACAAGACAAAACAGGAAUAUCUUGUUAGAAUGGUUGGACCUAGAAGGGGCCCAUCUAAACCCUUCUGAGUCACAAAUGUAUAAUUACAAAAACUGUCAUCUAAUUAGUAUCAUAAAGUGUUUGACGUUUCUAUUUUGCUAUAAAUUCUAGUAUUAAAUACGUUUUUUUGCAUCUUUAUUUGCCUUUUUUUAAUUUUCAGGCUCAAAAUCUGUGUUGGAGGCGAUGAAGCUGCACACAUAACCUUCAAAAUGGCCACAACAUUUCUGAAAUUAAAACCUUUAUUUUUAUUAUCUUCAACUGAAAUUAAAUUCAGCACCUCCCUUCUUUCUGCAAAGUUUCUCACAGAAGAAGUAGUUCCUUAAUCGUUAGAUCUGUUUGCGCAAUACCUGCAGAGUGUAUUUUGAACAUCUGCUCUGCUUUUAGACUUUUUUUUUCCAUCAGUAGAGGGACUAUUUCCAAAUAUAGAUGCCUAUUUUAGCCACACCAGUAUUUUUGUAAAAUUAUAGAAAAAAGCACUAUUAGUUUCAUGAAGAAACCAGGAUUUCUUUGUUUUUCCUUGGGGCUGCACCGUUUCCUGUCAGACCACAAAUGCUUAUAGUAAAUAAGAUUUUUUGUUGACCCAAUAAAGUUGAUUAGCAAACAGCGUGGAGGGCGGCACAACAGCUUGCUAUGAGUCAUUUUUUUCAAAAAGGUAAAAGGAAGAAAUUGAGCUUCGGUGACCUCAGUCACCUUAACUGAGAGCCCCUGCUUGUGUUUACACAGCAACACAAAAGUAGGAAACCAUGCAUCAACUGUCUUGUUUACUGUGAACUUUACUCAUUAUUCCCAGAUCAUGUGUUUCCAUAGAAGCAAGCAAUUGUAAACAUUUGAAAUGGUGGUACAGACUCCAGAAGUAAUAAUGUCCACAGUAUGUUAUUAUCCCACAAAGGUCUAGGUGUCAGAAACCAUCAUUUAAAGAAACAAAGUCCUCUGAUCUGGGUUUUUUAUUUCGAUAAAGCAGUACUGGUGGCUCGGAGGAAUCCUCUAUGGCACAUCAACAAACCAAUUCACUGAUUGUCUCUGAUUUCUGGUCUUCAAAAAGAUUUUUUUUUUCUUUUUUUAAUCCAUUUAGACAUUACGGAGAG